UCAGCCAUAAGUCGAUGCCAGAAAUGCAUUGAUGAAGCAAAUGCGGAGUUGGCCCAAAAAGCUCAAGAAAUCCAGGAUGCUGCUGGUCGAGCAGUGAGCAGUGCUCGCUCCGGUGUCGAGAAAGCUCAGGCAGCGAUUGCUUCGGAAGCAGAUAAGGCCAAACAAAUUGCCCACAAAGCAAUUGAGCAAGCUAGUGCCAACGCAUUUGCAAUCGUUGCUGCACAAAUCGCUGAUGCUCGACGAACUGCAGCGGAAGCAGCUGAAAAGGCGCGAAAGGAGGCGCAAGAUGAAGCCGCACGUCAGAUUGAGGAAGCACGCCGUGCCUCAGAUCUUCUCGUCGAAAAGACCAAAAAAGAAGCCCAAGAAGCUGCAGACCGGAUGAUUGAAGAAGCCCAAAGAAACGCUGGUAUACAUUUCACAGUUUUCGUUAAUCAUUUUGAAGAUGUAGCAAUUGCGCGAGCUAGAGAUGAAGCUCGUGGUGAGGCUUUCAAGGAUCUUGAAGAGGCAAAGAUAACUGCAGGUCUCUCUGCUGAGCAAGCGAAGAAAGAAGCUGAAAAUGAAGCGAACAGAAAGAUUGAGGAAGCCAGAGCUGCAGCAGAAAAAUUGGCCAAUGAUGCACGAAAAGUGGCGCAAGAAGAAGCGAAUCGCAAGAUCCAGGAAGCAUUCGCCAGUGCAAGCGCAAAAGUUGAAACAGUGAAAAAGGAAGCAGAAGAAGAGGCCGCCCGUAAGGCAGACGAAGCUAAGCGUCUUGCAGAUGAAGCUGCCGAAAAGGCGCGUCAAGAAGCGCAGGAGGAAGCAGACCGUGAAAUCGAAGAGAUCCGAAAGAAAGCAGAUGAGGCAGCUGAAAACGCUAAGCGGCAAGCCUAUGAGAUCAUGCAGCGACAGGUUGCUGAUGCUAAAAAAGCUGCUGAGGAAGCUCGAGAACAGGCCGCGAAAGAUGCACAAGAGCAAGCUCAGCGACAAAUUGAAGAGGCCAAACAAGCAGCAGAUAGAGCAGCUGAGCAAGCGCUAAAGGCUGCUCAGGAAAAGGCAGCCAAGGAAGCAGAGGAAGCUAAACGUGCUGCUGGUAAGGCCCAGCUUAAUGAACGUUGA